UCAGCAGCCAAUGUGUGAAAGGGUGUUCCUCCCUUCUCACAGGAAGUGAUAGUUUUGUAAGCCCAGGGUCAGCCUUCCGAGACCAGGUCCACCAGGAUGCUGGGGAGGAUUCUGGGCUGUGGUCCAGUGGGGUGGUGCAGGUGGGGGGCUCACCUACACCCCUGGGACCUCCAUGCUGUUCCACCACUGCUGUGCUGUGCCAGAGGUGUCGGGAACAGAGCCAGGGUUGCGCAGGGUGCAGUGCUGCAGACAGCUGCUCCAGGCUGGUCUUCCCACCAAGGAGCUGCUUGGUGCCCACUGCAGAUGAGGUUUCUGCACCAAAUUCCUCGCCCUGCAUUCAAAAAUGAAAGAAGGCCUACAAAUUUUGACAAAAAGGUGUUGGUGUGGGCAGGACGCUUUAAAAAGGAGGAGGACAUUCCCAAGUACAUAACGUCUGAGGUUUUGGAUGCAGCAAGGAACACUGUGAGGAUAAAGGUUUGCUACAUCAUGAUUGCACUGACCUUGCUGGGUUGCUUGGCCAUGGUCAUCACAGGCAAAGAGGCUGCUAAAAAGGAUCACACACUGCUGAGGAUGAAUGAAGAGAAGAAGGCUAAAUGGAGGGCUGAAGCAGAGAAAGAUCACGAGGCAGCUGCUGUGAAGGCACAAUGAUCAGGAACAGCUUCAUUUAAAGUGUCACCAAACUCUGAGAUGAUGCUUAAUGGGAGAGAUCCUCGAAAUAUUGAAAGUUCCAUUUUCAUAAAGUCAUUAAACUUUAAGACAGACCUCAGCUUACCCCUGUGGUCCGAGUCUCCGUGCAUCAUUCAUAUCAUAGAAUCAUUAAUGUUGGAAAAGACCACUAAGUUCAUCAGGUUCAACUGUGAACCCAUCACCAUCAGGCCUGCUAAAACAGGUAAACCCUUAAGAACCAUAAGUUGAGCCCACAGAGCUGGAUAUGCUGCAUGGGGUACCAAGGGAUGUGGAGCAACAAAACCCACCAUCUCAUCCCAACCACCAAAGGAGGUGGGAAAUGCUCUAACCAUCUCAGCCUUUCUGCUACACAUAAUCACACCAAGGCUAGGCUCUGCUGCUGCAAGGUUUGUUACCUGGACCACGUAUACUUGGUUCCAGCAGUCUGGAAGAUUCCAUGCAGGUGUUUGGGUUUAUUGUGCCAAAAAUGAUGGUCCACUCAUCACUGGUGUGUCACUCCAUGAAGAAGCUGCUGGUAAGGGUAAGCUUUUCCCCAGGACUUGGGGUCAGUGCUCAGCAGCUGUUGGGCUCUGGGGCUCCUAGAUCUGUGGUCUUUGGGUGUUUGGUAGUGGAGGUUUCUUCCUUCUGCACACUUGUGGAGGAUGAGGAGCUGUGUGAGGGGACGUUACAUCUGUCACAUCUUGGUGUUUGCAGCCCUUGUUUCCGACUCACAGACCCAUGCAGUACAAAUUGUAAGAAGUGAUGUCUGCUCCCCGCAGUAUUCCUCACAUUGCAUCUCAGAAAAGUAAAAAUAAUGGUCUAAGACAAGUGCAGAGUGAGCAAGUCUCUUAUGAGAAGACAGUUCUGCUGGCACAGGUAAUCCGUGCUUGUUGGGUGGAUGUGACCUGGUUUCCUUGGUUAGUGCACUAACCUGGAAGAAUUUCCUCAGAGUUAAUGUUCACGUGGGGAUAAACUAAAACACUCAGUCCCCUAGAUAAGUUCUGAAUUAUUAAAUGGCCUUCCUGGGCCCUUGCUAAGAGGACACAUGUAACAUUUAAAGGAGCCCAUUCUGAGCUCAUAAACAAAAUCACUUCCACAUUCUGGACUUCCCUGACUAAAGCAGAAAAGGAGAUGGCUACAACUGUGAUCAAAGAACAAACACAUUAACAGUGACUUGUUCUGUUCUGCACUUCCCUGUGCCUGGGAGAAAACAAAUAAGCAGCCAACCCAUUUCAGAUAUGGGCUAGUUUCAAAUCCUCUUGAAUAACCUUGGUCUCUGUUGUGUAGUGCAUAAAGCUGCUGCACUACACGUUGUCAGUAAGAAGAAGGGAAAAUCAAUUCCUCCUCCCUGAUCCAGUGACAAUGGGCCAUCUUGGUUUGAUCAGAUGACCCAGCUGCUUUUGGGCUCUUACAAAGAGCAGUGAACAUUAUGUAAGGGAUAAUCCUUUUCCAGUGCUGGCUACAAGAUAAUUCAUUUUAAUAUAGCAGUAUUCACCCUCCAAAAUCAAUCAGAUUAAUCACUGGCUUGCACUCUGCUGGUGUAGCACAGCCUCAUCUGGAGCCAUUCCCUGUAGUAAUGGGAGAUGCCAGCAGAGGACAUUGUGCUGAUGCCUCUCCAGCAGUGGUCCCACAGCUCUGCUCACUAAAAUCAGUAUCUGUUUGCAGUCCUUUGAUUCUCCUUUGGAAAAGCUUCUAAUUAACACAGCUUCCAAAUCCUCACCACCUUGGGCUAGUGGCGUUUUUUAUUUCUCCUCCAUCUAUAUUGCUUCAGAGUCACGCCUGAUCCCAGUCAUUUAAAAAGGAGGCAGAAGUUGUUGUUAGGAAGAAGUGAUUCUUCCACUUUUCAAAAACAUGCCCUGUAUUUCCCCAGCCUGGCCUUAAGGCAGGGAUGGAGCUGGGAGCACUGCUUUGCCACUAGGCUCAGGCAUUGGAGGUGAGUCUUUUCAGCUCUCACCUCCUUGUUUAUCCCUCUGCAUCAGAAGGAAAGAAAGCUUCCACCCUUGUAGGGCUUUUGCCAUUUUAAAUGAACUCCUACAUAGAAAUGGCUAACAAUGGGCUGUAGGCUGGUGCCAAGAGAGCUUUGUCUCAUAGUGAUCGCUGGGGAAUAUUUUGCUUAGUAGCUGGAGUUUACCUAAUUCUGCUUCCAUUAAAAUCAAUGCUGUGAUUCCUCCUGGCUGUGGAUUAGAGAUAUUAUCCACUGCUUUUGGAAAUCCAUCUGUUUUACAGAAAAUUGCCUUCCCCAGGAUAGCUGUGGGGCAGCAAUGGAUGCACCCGAGCUUUCUUCUGCUGCAGUGAUGAGGUCUCUGAUGACCUCCCAGUGCAUCAGACAGAAUGUGAGAUGGAAAAUUUGAGCUCCAGAGAUCCCAGACCCUUCCUUGCUCAUUUUGCCUCUCUUUUUGACUCAUUUGGGAGUUUAUAGUGACACUUGGUUUCCUCCCACACAUCUGCUACGAACUGCUCCUCUCUGGUAUGCGUUAGAUCCCAUGCUGUCCUGCACUUGCAGGAUCACUGAUUUCCCUAGAUGCAAACAACACCUUGCCAUUCAGAUCUCAUUUUAAAGCCUUUCCUGUUUAAAGUCUUCAGCAUUUUUUCUCCCACCAAGCCAGAAACUGCUGCUCAUUUAAAGGCAGAUUGCACCCACACUCAGCUUCCAGGCUUUGGACGUUGUCUUCACUAUGGAGUAGAAAACAUCCCAUCUCAGCUCUUUCCUGUGUGCAGCCGGUUGUCCCUCCUUUGGAGCUGGAUUCCUGCUAUUUUCAGAACACCUGUUGUUUCUGACUGUUGCUUGGUCGGUGUCACUGGCUUACUGGCCCAUGGGGUGAGGCACACUGGGUUUGCUCCUGUAUCAAGAGAUUUGCUAAAGUUAGAAUCCUCUUCAUAAACAAUCCAAACGAAUGUUAUUAGCACUGAAUCAAUAACCUAGUCUAGUACUUUCAUGAGGAGAUCUAAGAGCUGUUCAGACUUUUACCAGCUACCCUGGGGAAUCCCAGUACACAGUGGUGUUGCUGCAGAGGCUGUGUUGCUCUGUGCCUGAGGCUCCAACACCUGCAGGAGCAGCAUGACUGCAAGGCUGGGGGAAAGCUUUUGUUCCUUGGAUCUGUUCAAAGGAGAUUCAAGGUUGAAGGCCUCCUCUUUCCAGCCUCAUGCUCCCUCACUGCAGCAAAUAAGCUGUGGCUGCAGCUGGCCCAAAGGAGAGCUGUGCAGCUCACACACAUAGUGACUGCAGAGAGAGUUUAAACGCAGCUCUCCUGUUUGAAUUUGGCACGAAGUCAUUCUAGCCUAGCAGGGAAGCAAGACCAAUGCUCAAUAAUUUGAAUUAAUUAAAGGAUCAUUCAUUAAUGCGCCGAGGUAGCGUUAAAGCAAUUUUCCAUGGUUAAGUGGUUUGACAGUCAUUAGGGCUGUAUGAUUUAUUGCAAAACCAAUGUGACUGUCAGAUGAGGAGUAGGUAAGUCCUGAAAGGCUCAGCACUCCAAAUGGAGCAUUGCACCUCUCUGCUCUGCCCAGCCAUGCUGGUCCCACACCCGGGCUCUGCACAGAGGCAGCUGCUACACAGAAACCAGGAGCUUGGAUCUGAUUCUUCCUCUGGAACAUUGCAUCUCCCCAGUGAAGAGAUCCAGGCCUUCUACUGUUUGGUCGUGGGCUGUUAUUUGCUGGGUGUGUGAGGGCUCAGGAGGGGAGGAGGGCAGACUGAAACAGGAUUUAGCUGAGCUCACUCGUGGCUUAUGCAUGCUCUGCAAUGUGAGCUGUUCAUAGCAACUGCCAGGGAGGCUAGACCAGAAAAUCAAGGGAUCUGCAUGCCAGUUUGUAAUAUGCAGAUGAGAGAUGGUCAGGAGACUUUUUGUAGAUGAAAUAGAAACCAAAAUAGCCCAAUGAAUUAGUCAUAUGCUAAUUACAAUCAUUGGUUGGUGUUUCUGCAGGCUGUAUUAAUGCACUGCAAAUCGCACACAGCUCUGUUAGCUGUUUUCUCGUGGUCCUAGCAUCAUCCUGCAACAGAUUUCUAACAUCAGAGCUAAAGGGCAUCCUCUAGGGAUGCAAAAGUGCCAUUAAAGCAAUGCUGCUCCAGUCUCCAUAACAGUUUCACACCGUACCAACGGGCCAAAAUCAGGCUUGAAAGGGUGGGAAGUUAAGCACCCAAGCAUUUUCCUUGACAAACCUCAGUGUGAAGUAAAAGCACAACCAUUGCCCAUUGUGUUCUCCCACUCAUUUUUCUCCUCCCAAGGCUGCUGUGUGGGCUGUGCAGGGGAUGCUGUGAGCUGAGGACCCACUGCUGCACACGUGAGCUGGGGAGGCUGUGGGGCUGCACGUGCUGUGCUCUGACACUGCAGAAAUGGGCAAAGAGCUGCCUGUGCAGCUGCAGCAUUCCAUGUGCCACCUCCCACAGCCUCUCCGUAGCUGUCAAUAUGUACUGACUGAGGAAUUUUGAUCUCCUUACUGCUUUUGCUGAAUGCACUGGGGAGGCAUUUUGAGCUCAUUGCCGUUGAAGUCCAGGUGCCUGCGGACUUCCACCUGGCUGUGGAGCACACAGGUGUCCUGCUGAGAUGCUGUCUGGGAAGGAAACUGCACAGGGUGAGGAGCAGAGAGCUCCUGGAUGUCACCUGGUGUCCUUCAGCCCAGGCCAAGCUCUUAGCUGGCACCUGGGUGCUGUGCAGCAGAUGGUGUCAUGCUCCAAAGCCUGGCUGUGAGAGCCCAGCUGCUAUGUGCAACCCAGGGCAGCAUCAGCUCUGCAGCUCACGCAUGAGCUGCAGUGCCACGACCCACCUGCCCUGGGGGUGACAGGGCUGGGGACAGGAUACCCAGCUGCAGGGACCCUCCUGCUCUCAUGUCCUUAUUCUGCUCACCCUGACAGCUGCUGGGGUUCAUACAGGCUUCCCACAGCUCAUAGGCUGCGAUGGUUGUGGUGUGAGACAUUGGCCUUUCCUUGAGAAGCUCAGGAUGUACAGUGACUGCUUUAUGGCUGUUCAGCCUUCUCUUCAGAAAGAACUAGGACACAGAGCUCUGCAGAGCAGCCUGAGCUCUGGUAUUUUAUUUUGGUUUGAUUAGAAAUGAUAAUAAUAAAAAGUCCCAGCAAAAGUGUGUCUGAAUAUGAGCUUGAGUCACCCACCUCCACAGUCACUUUCUGUGCACACAGCAAUGCACCAGCCUGGAAAAUGAUUUGCAGUAUACCUCAGGUUUGUUUCUUUUUUUUUUUUUUUUUUUCC